AUGCAAAAUGUCGAUCAACAAGUACAAAAUCCAAAUCCUAAGGAUGAAGAUUUUGGAGAUAAGGAGUUUAUAAACCCUGGUAACACAAGGCGUGCAGAGCAAGUAGCUGCACCAAUACAACGUAAUGCUAAUAGGAACCGUCCAUUUCAAGGAAGGCAAGAUUUCCAGCCGGUCCAAGGAGCCACCGCUCAAGAAGCAAAAGAAAAAAGCCUAAAAAAUUCUUCACCACCUCUACCAACUGAGGUGGAAGAUAGUGAAGAGAAUAAUACUGAGCCAACAACAUCUGAACAUACAGCUUCUGAGCAGACGACCUCUGAGCAACAAGAGUCUGAACAUACUGAAUCUGAAGAGCAUGAUUUAGAUCAUCCUGAUUAUGAGGAACAUGAGUCUGAGCAAUAUGAAUCUGAGGAACCAUUAUCUGAAUCCCCUUCUGCUGAGCAACAAAAUGAUGAAGAAUCUCCGAUUCGGGGAACUAUGGUUAAAUGA